AUGGGCGUGGGGAGUCGGUACUUCGGCCUUCGAGGCACGAAGCUCAACAUUGCCAUUGGCAUCAUUGCCGGCCUGGAUUUCUUAGGCGUCAUGGGCGGACUGUUGACGCUCCAUUCUUUCGAAAAGGUCUUCCCUGAAAUCGCUACCAGCAACGCAGCGGUUGCAGGCUUGACCCGGGCCGAAAAGAACCACCGAUCUACCAUUCAGGGUAUCUCGGUCGCAUCAUAUAACCUCGGAUGUUUCGUUGGCGCAAUUGCUUGUAUCUGGGUCGGUGACAGACUCGGCCGUCGAAAGACUAUCUGGCUGGGCUCUGUUAUCAUGGUCGUUGGUGCUACUCUGCAGGCCUCUGCCUUUGGUCUCCCACACUUCAUCGUCGGUCGUCUUGUAACUGGUGUCGGCAACGGCCUGAACACCUCCACUGUACCAACAUGGCAGUCCGAAUGCUCCAAAUCCCACAGACGAGGACAGCUCGUCAUGGUCGAAGGUGCUCUGAUCACCGGAGGUAUCUGUCUCAGUUACUGGCUGGACUUUGGAUUCUCCUUCCUCGAACCCAGCUCGGUCUCAUGGCGGUUCCCGAUUGCAUUCCAGAUCGUUUUUGCCCUCAUCAUCAUGUUCGUGGUCAUGGGUCUACCAGAGUCUCCUCGAUGGCUCGUUCUCAAGGGCCAGGAGGACGAAGCUAUGAACGUUCUGGCUGCACUUAGCGAUUUGGACAGGGAGGACAGAUUUGUCCACUCGGAGUUCUCUGCUAUCAAGGAUACGGUCAUUGAGAUGCAGAAGGGCAGCUUCAAGGACCUGUUCACCAUGGACAAGGACCGCCACUUGCACCGUGUCAUUCUCGCAUACGUCAACCAGAUGUUCCAGCAGAUUUCCGGUAUCAAUCUCAUCACAUACUAUGCUGCCACCAUUUACGAAGGAAGCAUCGGUCUCAGUCCAUUCCUUUCGCGAAUUCUGGCAGCUUGCAACGGUACCGAGUACUUUAUUGCAUCCUGGAUUGCCGUUUUCGUCGUUGAAAGAAUUGGCCGUCGUAUGCUCAUGUUGUUCGGUGCUGUGGGCAUGUCCCUCUCAAUGGCUGUCCUUGCCAUUGCUACCAGCUUCAAGCAUCAAACAGACGCCGGCAUUGUCGCAGCCGUCUUCCUCUUCGUUUUCAACACCUUCUUCGCCAUCGGCUGGCUCGCCAACGCCUUGGCCACUUCAGGAAACUGGAUUUUCAACUUCAUGGUCGUCAUGAUCACACCAGUUUCUUUCUCCUUGAUCGAAUACAAAACAUACAUCAUAUUUGCAGCUAUUAACGCUUUCAUUGUUCCAGUGGUCUACUUCUUCUACCCAGAGACGGCCUACCGCUCCCUCGAAGAAAUGGACUCGAUCUUCAGAAAGACCAAGUCUAUCUUUACCGUGGUAAAGGUAGCUCGCGAAACUCCAAGACGAUACGGCAAGAACGGUGAAGUUCUCAUCAACUAUGAUGAGACAGACGAGCACCGGACUCGUGCCGGCGUCACCCAGGAGGAGACGACGGCAUCAUUCCCCGAGAAGAGCAAUGCAAACCCAGACCAUGAUGCUGAAACUGGUAACUCGAAUAGCCCGAGCAACCAGAGCACAGCAUAG